AUGGCUAUCUCCGGCGAUGUUCUCAGAGAGUGUUUACCGGAAGUUGUUGGUGAGUUCCACGUGCUUGCUGUUGAUGAUAGUCAUGUGGAUCGUAAGGUUAUUGAAAGGUUGCUCAAAUUCACUUCUUGCAAAGUAACUGUUGUUGAGAGUGGAACUAGAGCUCUACAGUAUCUAGGGUUGGAUGGUGACACAAGUUCAAUUGGUUUUGAUGGUGUGAAGGUUAAUAUGAUAAUGACUGAUUAUUCCAUGCCUGGGAUGUCAGGAUAUGAACUUCUCAAGAAGAUUAAGCAGGAAUCAUCUGUUUUUAGAGAGAUUCCAGUGGUGGUUAUGUCCUCUGAGAACAUCUUGACCCGAAUCGAUAGUUGCUUGGAGGAAGGAGCAGAGGAGUUUCUAUUGAAACCGGUCAAAUUGUCUGAUGUCAAACGCUUAACAGAUUUCAUCUUGAGAGGCGAAGGAAAGAAAGUGGGAGGAAAAAGAUCACAGAAAAGAAGUCGAUCAGAUGAUUCCAUUUCAUCUCUAUCAACCUCGUGUUCAUCAUGCGAACUAUCAUCAUUGUCACCGUCUGAAAUAUCGUCCAAGAAAUCUAGACUAUAA